AUGUCAUCCACUCAAUCUAUUCGUCGUCGACUACCUUGGCUUAAGAAACUUGAAGUACAUGGUGUAUGUCAACUAUUUCCUUUGCUUCAGGCAGCACCUAAUCUUGAAUUCUUAAUUGUCGAGUGCGAUUGUAUCAAGAUUCUACUCGAUGAUGAACCCUCAUGCAAUUUACUACAAAAGCGAAUUGUUCGUCUCGAAAUUUUUAAAGGAGAAAAUAUUGAUUUGGAGCAAUUACAACGUAUUGCUCAUGUAUUCAAUCAUCUUAUUGAACUUACCGUAAAUAUGAAAAAAUCAAAAAUGUUCAUUGAUUCGAUUAUAUUGGCUAUAGUUACACUUUGGAAUAAGAAAGAACUUUUUGCACUACAUGUCGGUGGCUCAAUGUCAGAUGAAACAACUAAAAAUCUUCAAGAAUGGGUUAUCAAUCAUACAGACUUAACAAUAGACCAUUCUUUUACAACCACAUAUGAAAGCAAUUGGUUUUCGUUGUGGUGGUAA